AUGGCGACCACUACAACCAUUGAGCUUAUGAUACCGCCUAUACCACAAACUCCUGAGCCUACACAGCCAGGAACAGCCAUUCGACUUUCAUUACGAGAUCAGAAUCCUGCACUUUGGGAACCAUCGGAGAGAUUAAACUAUCGAUAUCGCCAACAACAGCAAAGCGAAGCAGCGAUGGGUCCAGAUGAACGAACUCCUCGUGCACUUCAUUUUCCACAGCGACCAUACCAAAAUCAACGAUCACCACGCCUUGAUGGUUUACAAACAGCAGGUAUACGAUCCCAUACACCAGUAAUGAUAAAUGUGUCAACGCAAACGGCCAUACGACCCAGUGGAGAAUAUUACCAUGGCUAUUACAUCAAUGCCCAUGAUGGCGGACCCAGCGAGUAUUUGAAAUACACAUAUGGGCUAACUCAGGCUGAGAUACGUCAAGCAAGAGAGCCCAAGCUUAUCGGCACGACACCCUGGGUAUGGCAAUUGGAGGAAGUUUCGCUUGAUGCUUUAGAUCGACGAAAGCAGUUUUUGGCAGAUAAUCCAACCGAAGGGUAUGUGGCACGUACGCCAGUGUAUUCACCCUAUGCGGAGGAUGCACGAUUGAUGUGGAAUCGAUGUACUUUGGGACUGGCUCCAAAACAGUCACAUUCUGAGCUCGUGGCAGAAGCACUGAAUAUUGAGCUAAGCAAGGCUUCUGGAACCUGGGCUGAAUCUAAAGAUGUAUUCCGGAAGAACAAGACAACAGGACGUAUUCGAGGACCUUCAGCAGUACCCACAGGAUCUGAUCGAAGGUUUGUUUCAUCAACGGAUCCAUUGCCACCAAAAAAAGUACCAAAGGCAGUAGUGCAUUAUCGACCUGUCGGGACUGCCUGUUCAAGAACUGUCGAUGAUAUAAUCAGACGUUCAGGUGUUGAAGACACGUUUGAUAUUGCACUGCGUAAACAGCUUCUAGCCAACUACAACAAAGCCGUGGAAGAUGUUGAUCCAUUAAUGUAUCAAAAAGCAAUACCCAUCAAAGCUUAUUAUACAAGCUGCAAACCAUCACUCGCUUGUGCACAACCCUUUCUCAAACACUCUGACAGAAAUGUUCAGAAGUCAGCCACGAUCGACUCUCCAUCUGCAGUCUCGGGCCAGCUUAGUUGUGGAAAAAGGAAAGACGAGGAAAUGCCAAGUCUGGAGCUGCAUGCAGUGACCAUACAGCAGACCGACACUCCAACAACACGUGGUGGAGUGACUGGUCCAAAGGCCGAAUCAGCAGCAACAGAGUCUGUAAUGAACACUGUUGUUGGAGCAAGUUCAACCCAACAACCGAAGCCGUUGAGUCUGUUCAUGCUUUCCCAUCCAGGUGUUUAUUCCAAGAAACGAGCAGCAGCCAUGAUUCAGACUGCAGAAGAAAUCAACCGCUUUGGGAGAGAGCUUGCAGAGGAAGUUGAGAGGGAAAAGUAUGAGAUUAGUCGAUUGAUGAAGCCAAGAGAAAGAGGUCGUCGACAGCCGUUGGCGGAUCUGGUUGAAAGUCCAUCCAAGCCAGUUCAGCCCUUGUCGUUACUGUGUCAUGAUCAAGACUGUCAGUUGCCGUCUUUGCACCAAUCGAUGCCAGAUUCUAUUUUAGCUUUGCCUACUGGCCCUGCUAUCAAUACCACUCAAGUCUCCACUUUAACUACCAAUAUUCUACUGCAAAGUGAUUCAAAUAGGAUGAUUUCAUCGACUCGCUUUACCACUAUCGAUUCAACUCGUACAGACUAUCCAUUGUCUGACAAUGUUACACAAGUCUCUGACCUUCCACAAAAGCCAAAACCCUGUUCUGGCACUUCUGUAUCCAUAUCACCUGCAGUAGCUAUCCUUGUUACUGCUGCUCUAAACUCAUACUUGCCAGAUCACAUUCCUCCCUCGACUCAAUCCAAACAGACUAUUGCGCAGCAACAGACUCUAGAUAAUACAACCAGAAUUGAUGAUCGGAACUUGUUGCGUUCAUAUCAUCGUCCACCCACUCUAUUGUCCUUGCUUCCCACACUCCCAGAGUCUCACAUAUCUAAGAAAUCGGAUUGUGCAUCUGCACAACAAUCUGUCACUCCAACUGCUCGAGUCCAUUUAUUUUCUCGCGUAAAUCCAACUGCCAUCACAUCAGACGCGACUGCUUCUGACAUGGCUAUUGGUCCAUCAACACCCGAUACUGGGUCUGCCAAGUUGGGUCGGAGAUGCUAUGAAAAAUCAUCACAAACCUCCCACUUUCAACAUGUGUAUCAGGACCAGCACAAGCAACCUAUUUUAAAACAUACUGUUUCCAAGACUUCUAAUACUCGAGCAUCUCAUGCACAUGUACCCCGCUGUCACGCAAGUGUUUCCAAGCAAGCCGUCCAUUUUGGAAAUGUGUAUGUUGCCACCAUUGUUCCAUUUAAUCAAAACUAUCAUGCCUUGGAUGAUAAUGGAUCAUUGAACCACAACUCACCAAGUGUGGUUCCUUUGGAUGAUUACAAAAUUGCGACUCAAAAAAAUUUAAAAAACUCAAAAGUAGUUGUAUCUCAAGAAACCAAAAAAGCUUGCGAGGCUCGGCUUAGAGCAUCUUUCUUCACCAAAUAUUUUGUUGGUGGACCCGAAGUAGACACAAUCACUCAAACCAUGCUUGACACUCCAUUGUCAAAUGAAAGUAGUAUGACGCGCACCGAGAUCAUGCAUGCACACCUACAACGCUCACAGCCCGCACCCAUUCAGAUUCAAUGGGGUGAAAGCGAUGCUCGGCGUAAACUGCAAGAACAUUAUGUGCAGGCUACAAAAGAAAAUCAUCAUGUCCAGGAGAAAUUGGAAAGACAAAGACUGAUUGCUGCUCAAUUCCAAUCUCCGCCUACUGCUCCGCUUCAACGCCCUAUACAGCAUACUACCAACAAUUUGGCAUCUGAUACUGCUGCUAUUCAAAAUCUGCAUCCCAUGCUAAAUGCUCAAAACAAUCAACCUUUAAAUGCUCCACUCUAUGUCUAUCGUAACGAACCUCUACAACAUGUUGCUGAUAUCCCACAAGCUGUAGGAAAUUCGACAAUGAAUAUUCAGCAACCUCGUUCAGAUGUAGCUCAUCCUGAUAUGAUGGGGAAAACUUGUGCUUAUCAUCCACCACCUAUACUACAGCACAAACACCAUCAUAAUCACGGUCAACACAUUGAUCAACAUCAGAAUCAUUGCCCUGCUUUGCAAUGGAGCUCUCUUGUUUCUCCCAUGCAAGUUCUUUUUUCUAACCAAGACGUUCCAUAUAUGUCUUCAUCAAAAGGCAAGCGUCGUCAAGUCCUGCAUCACCACGAUACCCAUUCAGCAAAUUACUCACCCGUAAAAGUGGUGCGUGAUGGCUUUGGUAACGCGGAUAGACGCAAUUCUGCUAGAAGCUAUACUGUAGCCGAUAGCAUCAAGUGUCUUGCUGCAGCAAUUAUGGCCCAGGAACAAAACAAAAAAGCAAAUUGCGAUUUUUUUCGUUUGCCAACAAAAUCUUCAAUUUUGCAUGUCGAGCACUAUCAGAACAUGCUGACUCCACGCGAAAUCAACGACCGGUACUUUAAUGGAAACUCGAUCGAGUCUCAGUUUGAAGCUAUGGGUGAAUUCGAUCCUCGUCUUAGAUGCUCCAACAGCAACAUCUCUCCUAAUCAAAAGAACUUACCACGAUGGUAUACGGUUCCCGAUUGCCAGGAAGAAAUCGAAUUCGAAGAUGGUGAAUUGGAUGCAUCGUCGGAUAUUAGUAGAGAGUUUAUGGAAGUUGCAAGGGAGCCUGUUGUACAACCCAUCACAUUUAAUUUACCGCUUAGACUUUUUAGUCUUGUGUUUCGUCGUCAAUCUGUGGCAAAUAUUGAACGAAACUGGACUCACUGGAAGGAUGACUGCUCUUCAAACAAAUGCCAUAUGUGCUCAAGUAGAUUCACGCUCUUUAUUCGUAGACACCAUUGCAGGAUAUGCGGUCACUUGUUCUGUAACACAUGCACACUGUAUCGUGCACCCGUCAAUAAGAAUGGAGGUUACGAUCAAUUAGGCGAGCAAGUUCGCGUCUGCAGUACAUGCCAUUCCAAUCUUUGUCAAACAGAUGGGGCGGAAUAA